AUGGAAAGAUACCCCAGACAACGGUUAGACGACGGCAGGUGGCAGUGCGUGGCACGGCCGCAGUACAGAUACUCCUGCGCCAUCUCAUGCCUUGUGAGCAUAUUCAAUCAUCUCUUCAACAGAGACAUGACCCUGGACGAGUGUAUUGCUAUUCUCUUUCCAGACCUGAAAGAAGACCCACGACACUAUGAUUUUGGACCUCAAGCUUCUAACAGUGCUGUUCAAAGCUGGUUCAAGACCCUCUGCAUGCACUAUGGCCUUUCUGGCACCUCUUGCACGAUAUACAAGGAGCAGGGCAGAACGAGAACUGCGUGUAGCAAGCAAGAGGCACUUAAGAAUAUCAUCUCUGCUUUGAAUACGCCAAGAUGUGCGUUACUGUAUCACUGCUUGAACCAUUACUGCAUAAUCGUAGGCUAUAUAAUAAGUCCAUCUACGCCUAAUAGACCAAGUAAUCAUUGCGUCUUCAGCGGGGAUGAUGGAUGCACCCUCAAGCUCCUGUGUGCAGACGGCACAGAAGCCGAGGACGUGGACGAUAGUAAUAUUUGGUUAAUAGUGGCAGACUGUGGGAAAGGAACUGCUCCCCUUAGGUCACUGACCUGGGAAUUUGUACAUAAAGAUAUAUCUACCCGACCUCCGUAUGCAUAUAACGCUAGGUGCCCUGAGAGAGGACUGCUAAGGAAAACAGAAUCAAAGGGAUAUAUACCAGUUGAGAUAGACUCAGUGCUUGUUAACAGCACGGGAGUAUCCACCUGUGUUAGAUCUGGUGGCGUCAUCAAGGGAUCGUCGCACUGCAUCAUUGGAUUUGUUAGUGACUAG